AUGCCGAAAUAUCUGCUGCUGGCCGUUCUGUCCCUCUGCCUAGUGAUCGCGUCAUCGCUUCCCAGCCCUACGGCGGAAGAUGACGACGACGACGAAGACACCACGCCGCAGACCCGUUCCGAAGCUGAUGACGACGGUAGGGUCUAUAAGAACCCUCGCAAUUCACCUUCGGCUGAUUGUCCUCGCGACGAGGAGCAAGCUACCCUACUUGGUCAGAAAUGCCUACGCAAGUGUUCUUCCGAUGAAGACUGCAAAAGCAAAAAGAAGAAAUGCCUGUGCGAUGGAGCGUGCGGAAUGUCCUGCAUCAAACCAGAUCGCGAGUGCCCGGAGCUGGAGCAGCCGGAAAUAGGGAAGGUGGUCGUGUCGGGACGUCUCUUCGGCAAUAAAGCGACAUACUCCUGCCCCCACGGAUACCACGUGGUGGGUCUCCAGAGCAGGAGCUGCCAAGCUGAUGGUAAAUGGGCUGGGCAGCCACCAGCUUGUAAGGAAAACAUCUACUGUCUUCAACCACCGACAAUCGAGCACGCUCGUCACUCGGCGCUCCCAGAGCAGGCCACCUUCGACCUGGACGCCACCGUCCAGUACAACUGUCACACUGGCUACGUAACCAACGGCUUCCCGAGGGCCAAGUGCCUGGCUAUAGACGGCCAAGCUUCGUGGUACGGCCCCGACAUCAGCUGCGAGCCUCGCUCCUGUGGCGAGCCCGGCGAUGUGCCCCACGGCUGGGUGACCGCGGACUGCCACACCUUCGGCUGCCGCGCCGUAGUGCAGUGCGGUCAAGGGUUCGAGCUCGUCGGCAAGGCCGAACGCUACUGCCAAGCGGACGGCGCCUGGGCACCCAAAGAACUGCCAACAUGUGUCCAAGGAGGAGAGAAGGGGACAGUU